AUGGCACCCAAGACCCAGCACCGAACCUUCAACGCGGACAGGACGUCGAUGCCUACUGUGUGGCCGCUGCGCAGCAGCAGCGUCGUCGUGGCGACUGCGACCAAACCAAUCCAUCCCAGCACCCGCAUCAUCCGGGCGCGUCCCACGACCCGCCAACGCCGCUGCGGCCACACCAGCCACCGAGACAUCCACCUACGAAGUCAUGUAAUCCUUGGAGCUGCCUUCAUCAUUGCCCUCGACCGUCGCUUCCGUGGGAUCGUCGCGGCCGAGGACAUGGCGAGCAAAAUAUCACUUGUGAGUAUCGCAUUCGUGUGUGCGAUGACGUCUGUCGCCGUCUCCACGUUCAACGGCGACGCGACGCCCCUCCAGGACCCCACCGUCCUCCGUGGCUAUGUCUGGGCCGUCAUGGUCAAAGACCUCGUGCUACGUCUUGCCAGUCUCGGCACCAAGGCCUUGGUUGGGCUUGUCCUAGUGAAUGACACAGCGUCGACACACCGACGACAACAGCGAAUGUAUGCAGUCAUCGAGGCGGUAGCGCACUUGGUCCGGUCGUACGCCGCCAGCUUUUCGUGGUGGACCUCCUUCUACGAGUAUAACUACCCGUACUUUAACAUUGAGUGCGAUGUCGAGUCGACGGUGCACGUUCUCGUGACCAACCGACUCGAGUUCGGAUCGCAUGUGAGUCCCAGCGAUGUCGGCAACGCCGAAUGCUGCAUCUGCUGCGCAGUCGCCCGUGUAACUGGCGUGCAGCCACAUGAGAUGCCACGGAUGCGUGGCCCAGAGGUAUCGUCAAGAACGGUCGUGUCCGAUCUGUGA